AUGAACACGGAGCAUUUCGCGGGCGCUUGGCGCUUAGUCGAAAUGCACGAGCUUAGCAUCCAGCAAUGGCUGGAAUCCAUCGACCCCGCGCUGGGUUGCUAUGCAGGGCAGUUCAUGGAGCUUGGCUACGACAAUGUGAAGCUCCUGAGCAUGGUGGACGAAAGUGAGCUUUCAGAUGACUUGAAGGAAAUGAAGGCCAAGAAACUCCAUUGCCGCCUCAUACUCAAGCGCUUUGCCGAGCUGAAGGCCGAGCCGCAAGCGCCGCCGCGGCGGCCGGAGAUGCACAGCUCGACCAACCCAUGGGAAUGCCCGCGGAAGCUUGGUGCGUUUGAGCUGGGCACGCUAUGCGGGAGCGAGCUGGCGCGGCUGGGCCAGAGCUUGGGCUCUGUGCAGCGGGUCCCAGUGUGGUGGCUGCGCUUCACCCAGUCCCGGGUCAACGGGCAGAUGGUCUUCUCCUCGGGCCACCAGGACCGCUCCGUCUACGAGUUGCUGCACGAGCUGCUGAGUGGGCGCCAGAGCAUUGAUGAGCUUCCGCCCUUGGAGGUGGUCCUGGACGGGCACCUCUACUCCAUGGACAACCGCCGUCUCCUGGCGCUGCUCCUCCUGCAGGGCUGCCGGCGGCACCAGCGGAUCCUCGCGCGGUGCCGGGUGUUGAGUCCCACGGACUCUCGAGUGGCGGAGAGGUACAGCCAGAGGAUCUACAGGUUGAAGAAGGACGGCUCGGAGGGCUUCGAUCAGGGCUCCGGCCUGGGCGUGGCGCUGCACAGCCUCCCCUCCUCAGAGGCCUGGCACCUGGGCUCGCCCCUCUUCCGCCGCACCGGGGAGUGGUGCGACGAGAGCCCGGCUGCCCUGGAGGCCCUGGCAGCAGACUUCUUCGCAUGCGAGGAGCGCACAGAGAAGGUGGCGCAGGAUUCGUGUGUGGCUCCGGCUAGCGCGAAGGGCAAGGGCGAGGCCUCUCUGAAGGUGGUGCAAGGGAUGUUGGUGAGGGUACACGAUGGUGGAGACGUUUGCUAUGGCAAAGUGAUGGAGAUCAAUUGCGGGGCGGAGGCGCCGGUGAAAGUGAAAUUCUUCAGCAAGGCAAAGGCGCAGGCAUGGCUCUGCCUGACCUCUGUGCUAAUUCCUGACUAUGCCGCGAUUCAGGUGGGAAUGGAAGUUACUGUCCUGACAGCCAACAAGCGGCAAGUGGAAAAGGUGACGGAUGUUGACCAUGCACGUCAAAACGACCCGGUGCAAGUCAGCCUUGACGGUUUGACAGGCACAAAGUGGGUUGGGGCUGAUCGGUUGCGAUCCAAAGUCAUUGAGUUCCUCCCAGCGAAGCUGUCGGAUGAAAGCUGUGCCCCGCAAGAAGAAGCCAACCCCUCAGAACGGAAAGGUGGCUGGGAGUGA